AUGUCUUCGAGCAUUCUCACUCUAGCCAUAUUCGCCGUCACAGGGACAAUUAUGUCUAAACCGACCCAAGUGCUCCACACUCGCAAUUUCUUCGUCGCCGGCAAGAUCCACAUCGACGCCGAGCCGGGCGCGCUGCACUGGUUCGGCUUCCAAGUCGACACUAAGGUCGACGAACCUGCGCGCUUCAGUAUCUUCGACAUGUUUGCCAAUGAGGCCGACCGCGACGACCACCCUCUCACAUCUAUGCUUGCUUGCAGCAUACUAUGCCUAACCCCCCUUGAUGUUGAAAUCGAUCCACACGAGGGUAGGAGUCACAUGACGCCUAUGGUUAUGAUGAAUGGGCGUUUAUGCCCACCAAGGGCAUCCAGACAUGGUAUUAUGAUGCACCAUGCAGCGAUCAAUCUAUCUGUGAUAACGCAACAUGGUCAGGAAAGCGAUGAUUGA